AUGGCUCAAGACGAACCAACCACAUAUCCAGGCAACUGCCAUUGCGGUGCCGUGCGCUUCGAGAUCCAUCUCGCCAGACCAUUUCAGACGACUUUCGCAUGUCCGUGUAGACUCUGUGCGAAAACAGGCUGUCCAUGGAUCUUCGCCGAAGACAAUGAGCUGAAGUUCACCAGGGGGCGCGAUACCCUAGCCAGAUACAAGACGCAGAAGGGGAAGCAUGAGUUCUGUGCUACAUGCGGCACCCAAAUCACAGUCCGCAACCACCUUAUCGUCUCCGGUCAGGCUGGUCUAGGUGUCAGCGCAAGAGCAUUGCUGGACGUGAAUCCGUUCCAUCUCUCCGUGACCACAUUGCCACCCGCUCCUGAAAAACCGCAACCAUCGCCGGUCACCGAACCGCAACCGACCACCCCCGACGCCUUGAAGGUAUACCGGGGAGGCUGUCAUUGCGGUGCGAUCGAGAUCACCGUGACGAGCCCGCCUCUCCGCCACGUCCAAGUCAAGGAGGAUAAUUGCAGUCUCUGCCAGCGGAACGCGAAUGUCUGCAUCUACCCGGCCAAGUCCGCCGUGGCGAUUGAGGAUCCCCGCACCCAGCUCCGGGAGUAUCGUUUUGGCCGGCAAUUCACCGGCCAUCGCUUCUGCGGCGUCUGCGGCGUGCAGCUCUACAUGCAUCUGCAUGGACCCCCCGCGGCGGUGGUGACGAGGCUGUCGCCCGAGAAGCAGGAGCUGGUCAGGCGGAACUUGGAUGUCGUGCCGGUUCGAGUCGCCGUGCUGGAGGGGGUGGAGUGGGAUGAGAUUCGGGUGGAGAGGGAGGAUGAGGGGACCGAGGGGUAUGUUUUGGGUGCCUGA